AUGUCGAUUCAUAUACUGGAUGAUUAUUAUUUAGGGAUAACAGCAAUAAUUACGUUUUUAUAUCAAUUAAUCAUCUUUCUCACAGCAUUUACACUACAAGCUGAAACCGUUACGGAUUUUGGAGGUGGAUCGAAUGUUGCGUUACUUGCUAUUUUGACCUUAAUUUUCAGCCAAUCAUAUAGCACUCGCCAAAUAAUUGCAACAUUACUUCAAAUUAUAUGGGGUCUUCGAUUAGGAUGUAAGUUUCGAUACCUAUUCAAAAUCGUAGCAGGAAAAUUUCGCGAUCAUAUGAAUCUAGUCAAUAAGACCGGUCAUGGAGACUCUCGCUUUGAUGAAUUUCGACAACAUUUUUCAAAGCUUCUUACAUUUUUUAUUUUACAAAUGAUCUGGAUAUGGACUAUCAGUUUAUCUCUUACAUUCUUAAAUUCUCCAAAAAUUAAUAAUUCAGUCGGAAUAUUGGAUCAAUUUGGGAGUGCCACUGAUGUUUUGGGUGUUAUUUUGUUUGUUGUCGGACUUUUGAUUGAGUCUGUUGCUGAUGUUCAAAAGCUUAUAUUUCGUACCAGACGAACUUCUCCGAAGGAAUUUAUGAGAACUGGUCUUUGGGCAUGGAGUAGACAUCCAAAUUAUUUCGGAGAAAUUACGUCUAAUCACAGAGACAAAACCGCCAUGGUUUCUAUACUUUCUCCAAUAUUCACUAUCCUAAUCUUAUUAUUCUUAAGUGGAAUGCCUCUAAACGAACGACCAGCUCACAUAAAACAAUACAAAGCUGGGAAUUGGUCCGAGUAUUCUCGUUAUUUAUCACGAACAAGUUGUUUAAUUCCUUUUCCACCAUCAUUAUAUGAACCUUUGCCACAAUUUAUAAAAAGCUCUUUAUUUCUGGAAUUUCCAAUUUAUAGAUAUGAUCCAAAUUCAGAUUCAGAUAGAAAUUAUCUUGAAGGUAAUAAUAAUGUUUAA